AUGCGAAUCAACAGUGAGCUAGCGAACAAGUUUUCUGCCUCAACGGUGCACUUAGAACAUAUCACAACUGCUUUAAGUUGUUUAACACCUUUUGGUUCUAAAGACGAUGUGCUUAUAUUCAUUGAUGCUGAUGGGCUGUCAUUUGUCAGGGAGAAUAAUCAUGUGAUAAAAAUCCAACUACUGUUAUCUCGGGAGCUAUUUAUGUCUUAUUCGUAUAGAAAUGAAACUGAGGAUCACAUGAAACUUUGUGUAAAAAUAAAUCAUAUCUUAGAUAGCGUUAGCGUGAUGAACAGGAAUUCGGAUGACAUUGUUGAGUGUACUUUAUCUUAUGAUGGACAUGGAUCACCAUUUGUACUAAUAUUUGAAGACUCGUUCAUUUCUGAGAGAGUGGAGUACUCUACCUACUUAAUUAAGGAUUUUGAUACUAAUGGACUAGAACUCGAUAGAGAAAGGAUAAGCUUUGAGGCAAUUAUUAAGGGCGAAGCCCUUCAUUCAGCCUUAAAGGAUCUAAAAGAAAUCGGAUGCAAAGAGUGCUAUGUAUAUGCAAAGACCGAGGCGAAUGAUGAGAAUGUAUUUGCCCUGAUAUCUAAAUCUCAGCUAGGAUUUUCUAAAAUAAAAUUACCCAGUAACAGAUCCAUACUAGAGAAGUUACAAGUAUUUGACGGAGAUUCCACAACAGUAAUAGAUGGUUUUGCUGUAAUUGGGUUCUUCGAUUUCACCUCGUUUGAUAAAAUCAGAAAGAGUACUAAAAUUGCAAGCAAAGUCCUUUUCAGGAUGGAUGUUCAUGGCGUAUUGAGUGUAAAUAUUCUAAGUCAAACAGACGAUGUCAUUAUCACUGAUACUACAAGACCUUCAAAUAAUCGACCAGGUAGUAUUCGCCAACUGCAGCUACCCAAGGAUUAUCCCGGUAUAGUAAUUGAGGUUUGCAUGCUAGAAAAAGAAUCCAUAGAUGAGGCAGCACAGACAGAAAUAGAACUCCUGAUGGAGACUAAUGAACUUGGCAAUCGUAAUAGUUUUAAAAAAUCAACUAUAAGAAAAAGAUAUGGUACAGAUAAAGGCAAUGAAACUUCAAAUGACAACUUGCUGCAAUUGAAUGGGAAAAAAAUUAAACUACCAUCUGAAGAAGAAAACAAUAAAAACAGGGAAAGUGAGGAUGAAGAGAAUCACUGCAAGUAUCCAACAAAGGAUAUUCCUAUAUUUUUUUAA